AGGCGAAAAAGUAUGGACGAAAAACCUGUUCCAAACUACCCCUCUUCAGUCAGAAUUGGACCACAGCAUAAACAAAGCGAAAAUAUAUAUAGUUAGUAUUUAUUGAUGCUUCUUUGUGAUACUACCGACUCGACAAUGAGUCUAAGCUAACCAAACCAUGGGCUCCACUUCGAAUCUUUACAUGUGGCUUCACAUUGGUCUCCUAUACGUGUUGUUUGGGUACAACUUCCUGACGCAGUUAAAUUCAGUGCCGGCUCAAAAUGAACAUGUUCGAGAGAAACGCUCCAACUACGAAAAAGCCAAUGUGGAAUUCAUCCAUCCCAAACUGCGGGACGAGAUUCAGGCCAGAACCCCAGAGGACCCUAAUAAUCCAUGGGUGUGGCUCACUUCUUAUUCCAGGAUUCCAGUCGAAGCCAUCCAAGAUUUCUGUUCGGCUACAAAAGAAUACUGUCCACCCGGCAACCCUGGGAAAAAAGGAGACUCUGGAACAUCUGGAUUACCAGGGAUCAAGGGGAAACGGGGACGACCAGGUCGGGUAGGGAGCAAAGGCAUCCAGGGUCAUCAAGGUCCCAUUGGUCCACCAGGACCUCGUGGACCCAAGGGUGACAGAGGAACGUCGGGCUCUGAAGGUCUUGAUGGAAGGGAUGGAUUGCCAGGUGAGCCUGGGUUGGAUGGCAUUCCUGGACGAAAUGGCUUAGAUGGAAUACCGGGGGUAGAUGGAAUCCCCGGACUACCAGGCUCUUCAGGCAUUCCUGGCAAACAUGGUUCCGAUGGCGUCAAAGGUGACAAAGGUGAAAAAGGCGAUGAAGGACACCGCGGGGAGCGAGGUUUGCCUGGACCACGAGGCCGGAAAGGAGACGCGGGUGAAAAUGGACGGGCUGGCAUUCCUGGCAUUGGCGUCUGGACAGUGGAGGGCAAAAAUGUGAGCGAAAUUCUCAUCCCGCCGGUCAUUUCUGGCGCCGAUGGAAAUCACGAGGAGAAUAUCAUUGUUAAGGAGGGGGAUCAUCUUAAAUUGAUUUGUUUGGGAUCAGGAGUUCCAAAACCCAUUGUUUCUUGGCAAAGACUGGACGGAAAUGCCUUUCCAGAUGGAGCAUGGAAGAGAUCUGUGGCUCCAGGUGCCAUAUUGAAUAUCACUCAGGUGAACAGAGAACACAUGGGCAAGUACGUGUGUACGGCUAACAAUGGAAUUCCACCCGCUGCUGAAAAGACAUUUAACCUUGAAGUCCAUUUCCCACCUUUGAUUCAAAUUCACCGUCAGAUGAUUGGUGCAUAUAAUGGCUCUAAAGCCGUAAUAGAGUGUGAUAUUGAGGCAUUUCCCAGCGCCGUCAACUAUUGGGAGAGAUAUGAUGGGCGGCUAAUUCAACAAAACGACGACAAGUACAGUCUAACUUCAAUGGAAAACGAUAUCUACAAAACACGAACGGCCCUUGUGAUCCAGAUGACCAGCAUGGAAGACUUUGGCGUUUACUAUUGUAUCAGUAAGAAUGAAAAAGGCAUCACCAAGGGAGGCAUAACCAUAUUUGAACGAGAUCCUAAUUCAGCAUUACCGCCACCUAUGAUCGGAGGAUCUCGGCCAACAGUUAUUGGUGAACAACCUCCACCUUUGGCGGGCCUGGAGGAUCUAUGUCCUCCUCCGCCUAAAUGUCAAAACUGCCAGGCAUUCCGAUGUGAAGGGUCGGCAAGGAUGUAUGGGCUCAAUGUUCUCCCUUAUGACACAGUGUUCCCAGGUCUUCCAAAUCGAACUUCUGAAUGCAUGAUUGAGACGAUUGGCAAGCCAGUAUUUCAUCGUUACACUCCGGACUUGUAUGGCUCUUGGCUCAUGGAGGCAUUUGUUUGGGAUCAGGACGAUAAGUCUAAAGUGUGGACCACGGACAGUCAACAUUCUCAAACGCUUCUCGAAUACAACAACAAAACCAUGUUCAGGAUGAACACGCCAUCAAAAAACCUGACUUUACCUCUACCGUUUACGGGCAACAAUCACGUGGUAUACAAUGGAAGCUUCUUCUACUUUCAUUUAGAGAGUGAGAGCAUAAUCAAAUAUGACUUGAAAACCAGGUUUUCCAAGCGAUUAAAAAUCCCCCGAAACCGAGUCGUUGUGGCCAAUGGUGGCGAUCUCUUGACGCAGUUAUACAAUCCUAAGCAAGUGGGAAGUUAUUUCGAUUUUUCUACGGAUGAGAAUGGCUUGUGGGGAAUGUUUGGCCUGGCCUUGGACAACAACACGGUGGUGAUGAAGAUUGAUCCAAUGAGCUUAGAGAUCAGUUAUAUGUGGAACAUCAGUUUGAAUCACAAUCAAGUCUCGGAAAUGUUUGUUGUUUGUGGGGUCCUCUACGGCAUUGACAGUGUUUAUGAGAGAACCACGAGAAUUAGGUUUGCCUUGGAUUUAUACAAAAACAAACUUAUUGACAUAGAACUCCCGUUCACUAAUCCAUUUGGUUUCUCAACGAUGAUCGGCUACAAUCCCAGGAUCCAGAGUAUGGUGACUUGUGAUGGUGGAAAUCAAUUGACGUAUCCCAUCAAGUAUCAUGACAUUGGCUAUGGAGAAGAGUCUGAAGAGGUGGUGGUAACGAAGACGGGAUUUGAGUUAGAGGAGACCAAAGAGCCCGGACUUGAUAUCAUUGGUUCGCAAAGUAACUUAACCGAGGACGAGUGAUGUUCGAGGCUUUCAUUUAUUUAUGAUAUACUUCCUGACAGUUUUAUUAUCGUCAAUGAUUAUUCAAUAUCGUCCAAAAACUUGGACACAUAAUCAAUCCUAGAAAUAUAGAGUAACCGGCGGCCAUUGGAGCGCUGGCAUUCACGUUUUGAUCUGA